AUGCACGCACUUCUAGGAGCCAGGCGUGGAUCAAGAACAAGGAUCGGCUCGGAUUCCAAAGUGGAAUUUGGGUCAGCAUGGGCCCUAAACGUGGUGGCUUCCGUAGAGGGGCCAGACAGUCGUCCUGAGUCAGGGGACAGAAUCCCCCUCCCGAGCAAGAGGAAUUUCAUUCCUGCACCAGUACCGAAACCAGUAGAGCAGUCUUUUGCUCUAUCCAAGAAUGGGCAGUCCAGAGAUCCCUCCCUGGGAUAUGCUAACCAAGCUAAGAGGAUUGGGGCCACAGAUUUUGAUGGUGAUGGCGACCCAGCAGUGGCUAAAAAAUGGAUAGAGAGGAUGGAGCGGAUCAUGGAGGUGAUGGCCGUUCCACAGAACCGUAGGGUGACUAUGGUCACAUUCUUUCUAGUCAGGAAUGCUAGACAUUGGUGGGAGUCUGUUAAAAGGAGAUAUCGGGAUCCGUCAACCAUCACAUGGCAAUUGUUCCGAGCGGCAUUUGACAAUCAAUAUUACCCACAGGCUUACCAGGAUUUGAAAAUGGAGGAAUUUCUACAUCUGGAACAAGGGACAAUGACCGUACUUGAGUAUGAGAAAAAGUUCAAUGAACUGUCUAAGUACUGUGUUCCACUAGUCGAGGAUGAGAAUAAGAAAUGUCAGUUUUUUACUGGAGGGUUGAAUGCCUCCAUUUGA